CGCUCCCAACUGGCGACCAAUCAUGGGCCACAUCCUUGCAUUAUAUAAGGAUUUUGGCUGCCAUUUUGAGCCAACUGCGUGGACACGCCCACGCUGAUAAAUAAUGAAAACAUGUCGUCCGCCCCAUUGAAAAUAAACUCUGAAGUUAGCGAAACUCAUCAUAGAAUUCUUUAUCACAACACCACGCGCGCUUGUCUAGUUGUGAAAUCUGUGUCCUGUGUGUCCUGUGCGCUGGCGUUUUUAAGUUUCUCGAUUCUUCGGCAACAACAACAACAACAGCAGCACCAGUAACAACAACCAAAUCUAUCUAGUUGAAAGGCGGCGGCGAUUCGAUAAUAAUAAUAAUAAUAAACGGUCCCGGUCCGGUGUUAAGCGAUAGCGAUAGCGGUAGCGGUCAAGCGGUACAACACACACAGCUCACUAAACUCACUCUAAACACCAGCAAAAAAAAAAAAGUAACAAAAAUAUUCAAAACAGGAAACGGAAAUCGAGCGGGCCAACACACUCGUAUCCGGCCCAACGGUAAACAGUUUGAAUGCCGACGCCAAUGAAACCGUUAUAACCGUUUCGAGUGCGCGUCCCAACGUAAUCGAAUCAAAGUCCAACUCACACAGCUAAGGCUGGCUAGCAGCAAGCAAGCAACCGGCGGUCAAACCACAGUUUCUCUCUAACUCCUCUCCAUAGGCAACAUUUUUUUACUGUGAUUUUUUUCUCAGUUCGCGUCUUUGAAAUCACAAAAAAAAAAAAAUUAAAAACUAAACGGAAAUUACAAAAAAUUUAUUAAAAAAGAGAAAAAGAAAAGAAAGAAAGUAAAGAAAGCUCAGAAGAAGAAGAAGAAGAAGGAAAAUCUAUAAGUGCAGUGAAAGGCAAAUUAAACGAAAAAUCAAAUCGAAAACGAGGCAAGCAAAAAAAAAAAAAAAAAAAAGAUAAAGAAAAAAGGGCGCGCCAUCGAGAGCAGGCCCAGUGGUUUUUUGAUAAUUUGUUGAUGUCCUGCAUGCAGGACACGCUCUAAAGCUGUCCAAGUAAGUGCUUCAAAAUUUACUCGCCAACCACUUUCGACGCCUCCAGGGCGUUCAAGCUGGAGGAGGAUUUCGUCGGCGGCUGCAUGACAAUGUCGAUGUACUCGACGACGGAUAAAAUGAAAAUGUCAGCGCCCAGUUGUUUUCCAGGACGCUACAGUCCCUCCUAUCGAAGUUCGGAGCAGAUGCGUCGCUGUAUGCCAAAUCCAUCUAUUCACAUCUCAUCAUCUUGCGAUUCAAUCGAGAGUCGUUUGUUAGAAGAUGCUUCCCUAUUAUGCAAUUCGUGGUCAGCACGUCAGAAUGGUGAUAUCUUCGCGGGCAUCAACGAUGGCAUACUCAGCAGAGCGGAGGCCUUGGCCGCCGUCGACAUCCAGAAGCAUCAAGCCCAGCAUGUACAUAGCCAAAUGCCCUCCCAAAUCAAGCACGAUGUCAUGUACCAUCAUCACUCCAUGAGUGGGCCCCCGCAACGUCCAUUGCAGGAAAAUCCUUUUUCUCGACAGAUGCACCACUCGAUGGACCAGCUGGACAUGCUGGAUCCAACGGGCUCAAUGACCACGUUGGCGCCCAUAUCGGAGUCGCCUCUAACGCCAACACACCAACACCUGCACGGUUCCUAUCACAGCAUGAAUCACAUGAUGAGCCACCACCAUCCGGGCACGUUAAGUGGCCACACGGGGGGCCACCAUGGACACUCAGCGGUACAUCAUCCUGUUAUCACAGCGGCAGUGGCAGCCGCUGGCCUGCAUCCCGACACAGAUACCGAUCCUCGCGAGCUGGAGGCGUUUGCGGAGCGGUUCAAGCAGCGGCGCAUCAAGCUGGGCGUUACGCAGGCGGACGUGGGCAAAGCCCUGGCCAAUCUCAAGUUACCUGGCGUCGGAGCGCUGUCACAGAGCACGAUCUGUAGAUUCGAGAGCCUGACGCUGUCGCACAACAACAUGAUCGCCCUGAAGCCCAUCCUGCAGGCGUGGCUCGAGGAGGCUGAGGCGCAGGCGAAAAACAAGAGGCGCGAUCCCGAUGCGCCCAGUGUCCUGCCGGCGGGCGAAAAGAAAAGGACUUCCAUUGCGGCACCUGAAAAGCGUUCCCUGGAAGCCUACUUCGCCGUACAGCCGAGGCCAUCCGGUGAGAAAAUCGCAGCGAUUGCCGAAAAGCUGGAUUUGAAGAAAAACGUGGUGCGCGUCUGGUUCUGCAAUCAACGUCAAAAACAAAAACGUAUAGUUAGUAGUGUAACACCAUCAAUGACUGGCCACGGUUCAGCGGGAUUUGGAUACUGAUAGUCGUUUAUGACGGCAGCGGCGGCGGUUAACACGGCGGCAGCAGCGGAAGCGGCAGCGGCAGCGGCAACAUUGGGAACAGCGGCGGCGGCAACAUCGGCAGCCUGUCUGGGCGACUAUUACCUUUAGUGAUUCUGAUUUUGGUUCUGUUUCUGAUUUUGGGUUCAGCCAUCUGAUCCUCAAACAGAUUCCUGAUCCUAAUCCUGAUCCUGAUCC